UUUCAAGCGACAAUCGGGCGACGGUGUCGUCGGCUUUUGGUCGUUAAACGAGCCGAUAACAAGAGACUCCAUUUUAUUUUUCAGGUAGCUGCGGUCACCCGCUAGUUUCUUAUCGAUCUCGACAGUAUAAUCGUAAGCGUAACGAUAAAGGCGAUCGAGGUAUUAAAAACAUAUGAUGAAAUCGGACACGUCAAACACAAAAGCAUCCCUUUUUCUGAGGACGACUCUGAGUUCACGUUAAAUUUGUUUAAAUUUCCUUCAACGUUGCUCCAGUGUGCGCAAAUGAUCUUAUACUUCUCAAUGUCACGGUAGAGAUAAUUUCAGCCCAGAGCAAUCACAUCACCCGAUUGGAUGACGUACCUGUGUAUUCUGCUUCCACUAAAUUUCCUGCAACGAAAUUAUAUUUGAACAACCGCAAACGUUUCAUGUACGGAAGAAAUUAUAGGCAGCGGAGUGAACUUCGAUACGAAUGCGAAAUAUCAAUGACCAUCAAUUACCGUCUAUUUUUUCCUCGCCUUUGAUUUCUUCGCUAUCGCAUGGCAAAUACAACGCUCGAAUAAAUCGCCGGCGUAUGAUCGCAAUCAAUGAGAUACGAUAGUUUCGUAAGGUGAAAUCGUCGAGCACUUCGAUACACGUGAAGAUACUUUCAACUUCUCAAAACGAGUGUCAUAAUAUUUGCGAUACGAUCGUCGUGUCGCGCAUGGGGGUAAAUACGUCGCGGACACAAUCCCAUCGGAUUACGCGCGAAUAAUGGUUUUAUCGGUUUUCGAUUUAGUUUUAUUAAUGCGUUACGCUCAGAAGUGACAUUCAGCUUUCCAUGAAGAUACCGCCUGAAACAUGAGCGAUGGAAAAAGGAAAAAAAAAAAAAACGUCACCGCCGGUAAAAUUUCACCACCUAACGAGCGGGCGAUCGAAACGGUCAGUUGGAAUAUACGGGUACGAUGUUGUUGGAACUACCGGACGUCUACUCUUUCGAUAUCUAGUUAACACCGACUGAAAUAUGUCUUACCGAUUUUCGAACGAUAUUGUUUUCAAAAAAUUUCUACCGGGUCCGUUUUGGGCAGUGAUGUACCUCAGCUGGCCCUUCGCUCACUGGUACGGAUCCGACCUGAUCUUCGGUUGGAUAUUCAGCGGGACGAUCGUCGCCUUCCACAUCUGCAUUUGGUCGUUCGUGUACCAGCGGUACUUCAACGAAAUCGCGAUGCGAUUCCAAACUGAAGUUUCUCUAACUAUUUACAUGGCCUCGAUAGUGACCCAUAUCCUUAACAUACCCUUGUUGAUAACGACGUGGAUGAUCAGAGGGCGGAAACGAGUCCGCCAUUUUAUAUCGGCUAUCGAAACGGUGGAUGAAAGGUUGUCCAAAUUUGGAAUAAACACUAGAAAAAAGUUUAUCGACUUCAAGUGGCUGGUGAUAGUGGUGGGUCCGUUGGUCGGGAUGCUAAUUUUGCUUCGAGAACCAGUAUAUACUUAUCACGAUCUCGAAGUUGAACAUUACGAAGUAUUCAUACAGUUACUUCGAUUCUGGGGACAGUACGACAUCGUGAUCGCGUCGUACGUGUUGUAUUUUUUCGUUUAUCUGACCUGGGUCGUUGACGAUCGCUACCGAAUUAUAAAUUCGCUAUUGGAAAAUAUCACGGACGCCGAAUACGGGGAUGAAUAUAUCGCGGGAAACGGGCGACGAGUGACCCUUGCCGAGUGGAUAGCUACGGUUCGCGGACUUCGGGCGCUUCAUCGCAAGCUUUUUUUUGCCGCGGAGAAAAUUUCGCAGGCCUUCGGUCUCCAGAUACUGCAAAUCACCUUGUUGACGUUAUUGUCGUUCAUCGGAGAUCUCUAUCAAUAUCACGUCUCUACCAAGUUACCUUGUGGGCAAACCACAUCCGGGAUAACGACGUUUCUGCUGCCGAAUAUUUUCAGAUUGAUCCCCAUUUUCGUGGCAGCGUUUCAAGGCGAUCGAACAAUCGCUCGGGCGAAACGCACGAUAAUUGUGCUGCACGACACCGUAGUUUCCGACGAUACUCUACGCAUGGAAGUUGCAACGUUUUCUCUCCAGUUGAUUCACUACGAUUUUCGCUUCUCGGCAUGCGGCUUCUUCGACAUCGACUUAUCGGUAAUUCAUAUGAUUGCCGGAACCAUCGUAACUUACUUGAUCAUCCUAAUCCAAAUCGGGACCCUGCCGAAGCGUUGUCGGGGGAUUUCAGAUUGGGCAAAUCGUUCUCAAAACAAUGCAACCGAAUUUCCAGAUAUCGAUAAUGCUAACGAAUUGUUAGCCUCAAAUUAUUUACAAUGAUAUUUCUGACCAACUUCAGGUGUCAGUCGAGUAGAAAUUAAAAAAUUCGUGAGUGAGCUCUCUGCAUUGAAGAAAACGCUGAAACAUUUCUAUCACGGUGCAUGGCCUCGGUAUGAUUUUAAUAAAUAAAAGCAGAGAAUCCGUGUACUUUCUGGAAUAACGGGGAUGUAAAUUCGAUUAAGAAUUUGAAAUUGGUGAGAAGUGAAAAAUUUUCUCGUAACGCUACGUCGAGUGCACUGAGGAAACUGAGAGAUGAGAUGAGAGGAAGAUGAGAUUCUAGCUUUAUGUACUCGACGGAUUGGUAAUCCCGGAGUCUGAUCAGACGAAAAUAUACUCGCUCCAACGAACGCCUGAAAAUAUGCAAUCCGUGUUGCAUCCGUACGAUGUCGUGUCAGUCGUAACUGGAGCUCGGAAAUUCGACGUAUGAAAAAUAUGUAAUCACGACGUUCGGUGAUCGACAAACUAAAAAAAUCGAAUUCUAGCUCGAAUUUAAGUUUGAAAAUUAUUUGGACAUACUGCGUCAUAUAUACAUAUAUAUUUAUUCAUUGUAUAUACAUAUACACUUUAUUGUUCACCUGAAUAAUUAGAGAAGGUGUAACUAUAUUUUUGUUUCGAAUAAAAAAUUUUCAGCGCGAAAGAUAUCGCAUUAGCGAAUAACGAUACAAUGUUUAAAUUAUCUUACACUU